AUGACAGAUACAUGGCUGUGGGAGAAUCUCGCACCAGCAGAGCAUAUUUUACUCUUCAAUAGCGAUAGCAUGUUGUGUUCCAAUGCAGCAACGAGUGUCGAUGACUUUUUCGCUUAUGACUUGAUUGGGACACCGCUUAAGGAUAAGGGACAUAGAGGGGGCUUGAGUUUACGGAAAAGGAGUAGUAUGUUAAGGGUUUUGGAUGUUUGGGACUUUGCUGAGGAGGUCAAGAAGCAGGAGGACGAGAAGAAGAAGAAAGAGGAGAUUCGGAAGAAAAAAGAGGAAGGACAGAAGAAGAAAGAGGAAGAACAGAGGAAAAAGGAGGAGAAAGCGAAGAAGAAGAAAUUGGAGGACGAAAAGAAGAAGCUGGAAAAUGAAAGAAAGAAGAUGAAGGGAAAGGGUCAAAAUGAUAGCAAGAAGGUGGGAAGGGGCAAGCAAGAUGGCAAGAAGAAGCAAGAGAAGGAAAAUGGAAAGAAGAGUGAGAAUAGGGAACGGAAAGAGGAGGAACCAGAGGAAGAAAUGGCAGAAGAUCAGUGGUUUCAAGAAAAGUUACGCAAGCUACAAGAUGACGAAGAGAACCUUGGUAUCGAUCCAGAAGAGGAUGGUGCAAUUAAUUUACCUGCCGAAGAAGUUGUUCGUACAUUCAGUGUUGAAUCCAUCGAUUAUCCACACCCAUUGGGAUUACAUCGCGUGCACAAAUGGAAGGAAGAUCAGAUGGAUAAAUUACUUGAUUGGUGUCCCGAAUAUAGAUUGUGUUCUGUACCGCACCAUGGAAGGGAAUUUCCUACAUUUGAAAAUGGAGGAGUGGGAUGGUAA